GGCCUCAUGCACUGUUAGCCCUGGCGAGUCCCCUUCUCUUCAUAGAGCGUCCGCAGAGCUCUCGUCAUGUCCUAUUUAUCCACAGCACCUGCUUCCCUGCGCGUUCUUCGCCUUUCCUGAGCUUUUCGUUCCAGGGCCUUCACACGUCUACUGGCCAUCUUUCUAGGCCGUUGAUCUCCCAUAAAUACUUCCGGGCGUCCAUCAUCCUGAAUAAAAGCCGCGGUCCUCCUGCUGUACAUUCAAUGUCUCUUUCGACCCUUCCUCCAGAGCUUUUAGACGGCGUAUGCCAAAACCUCGCCACCGCCGACUUGGUCGCCCUCUCGCGGGCAUCCUCCCCCUUUCAUUCGGUGGCAGAGCGAUUGCUCUACCGCCACAUCCAUGCCUCCUCGCAGGCCCGCAACCUCUCAGUCGUCGUCACUUUGGCGAAGAGACUGGAGCUUGCCUCUCAUGUCCAGUCCUUCUCCAUCGUCGUCGACGACGCUUCCGCUCCCAUCUUCCCUUCCUUCUACCGCCUCCUCGAAAAGUCUCUGGCUGCAAUGCACGGCUUAAAGUCCCUUAGCAUCUUCAUCCACCCCACCAUGAGCUCCGUGCUCAGUCCCCCCUGUUCCGAGGAGAGCGUAUACCAUCGUCUGGAGCACUUUUCGUGCUCAUUUCCGUUUAAUUCGGAUGUUGCCGCUUUCUUGAGCCGCACACCCGCUCUUCUCGAGCUCGAAGUCGACUCUAUGCCGGGCCCCACUCCAAUACCUUCGCGGUGUCUAUUAUCGACGUCUAUCCCACAUCUCGUUCAGUUCGUCGGGUCACCCGAGCAAGCCAGAGAGGUUGUGCCCGGGCGGCCGGUCGAAAGCAUACACUUGUACGGCGGAGACUUGACGGAAGAUGUCAUGUGCAGCCUCAGUCAAUCGACUAUGCCAGUAAUAGUCCUGGGCGCGACCACAAGCAUGUCACCCAUUGCGUUUCUCGAAGCCGUGACUCGGUACCUUCCUUCAGUCGCCUUCCUCCGAGUCACGGCGGAAGACAUGGAUUCAAUUCCUCUCAAUGUUGAAUCGUACCAGCAGGUUGCCAAUAUUCUUGAUAGACUGCCCAACUUGUCAGCGUUUGAGCUGUCGGGCAUCCACUGGGGUUCGUUGAAGCCCCAAGACCAAAAACAGCGUGUCUGGCAGGCCCGACCGCUGAGUCCGCUCGGAUUUCCCGCCGACCGCCAGGAGGACGUGGAUUUCGUGGAUUUGGAAGACUUCGUGCCGUAUUAG